GAAUUCCUUUAAAUAUAGAGGGAUUCCGUUGCAAGCACAACCACUAGAGGAAGCCUUUCAAGAUUAAUCGCGUUACAAAGAUUUGCUGAUAUCGCUUAAAGAUAUACUUGUUAUAAAAGAUGAAUGCUUGGGUUACAUUUGCUGUUUUGUUGUGCUGCCUGGCUGUGACAACGGCUUUUUAUCGCAAGAGAAGCGACAACUGUGCCGAUAAGUACCCACGCGAGAAGUGCCAACAAUUUGUGUCACAGGACRAGUGCCACACUGAGGAUGCUCGGGUGAACUGCGGCGUGACAUGUGAAGCAUGUGGGAAAGCAUGCACAGAUUGGCACUCGAGAUGUAGCGAAGGAGAUGUAAAGGACCAGCUUUGUGCUGAUGAUGCUCCAGCAUUUAUGAUUUGUGCAAGAUCAUGUGGCCUUUGCAUCGAUCAAUAAUGAACCGAUGACGAACACAAGCUGGACAGAUACCGCAAAAACCUAACCGCCUCAUCGAUUGUUUGAGCAGCAUAAUAAAAUAAUAAAAAAAACUCAUUUAACAAAUGCAAA